AUGCCUCUCAUCGCACAAAACCCAUUGCCCCGAGUGAUCCUUGGGCUUAUGACCUUUGGUCCUAACCCGGAUAAAGGUGCUCGUAUCACAUCCUUGGAUGAAUACAAAAAGUCAUUGGACUACUUCCAGCAACAAGGAUUCAAUGAGGUCGACACUGCUCGGAUUUACGUCGGUGGUGAACAGGAAGCCUUCACAGCUCAGGCUGGCUGGAAGGAGCGUGGUCUGACUAUCGCUACGAAAUGGUACCCUACCACCCCCGGCUUUCACAAGCCUGCCAUCCUUCGUGAGAACUUUGAGAAGUCCCUGAAGGAAUUGAACACCAAUCAGGUGGACAUCUUCUACCUCCAUGCGGCGGAUCGGUCGGUCCCUUUUUCGGAAACUCUAGAGGAGGUCAACAAGCUGCACAAGGAGGGCAAGUUUGUUAACUUUGGUCUGAGCAACUUCACAGCCUUUGAGGUAGCUGAGAUUGUUACUCUCUGUGCUGAGCGAGGCUGGGUCCGCCCUACCAUCUUCCAGGCUAUGUACAAUGCAAUUACUCGCAACAUCGAGGUGGAAUUGGUCCAUGCUUGCCGUCGCUACGGCCUCGAUAUUGUCAUCUAUAACCCACUGGCUGGCGGCCUUCUUUCUGGAAAGUAUAAGACCGCCGAUGUUCCCGCGGAAGGACGCUUCGGAGAAAACAGCUCCACGGGCAACAACUACCGCAAACGUUACUUUAAGGAUACAAACUUUGAGGCCCUUAGUGUCAUUGAGCCGGUUGUUGAGAAGCACGGUUUGACAAUGAUUGAAACUGCCCUUCGCUGGGUGCACCACCACUCAGCUCUGAAGAUCGGCAACGGUGGCCGGGAUGGUAUUCUUAUCGGUGUGAGCAGCUUUUCUCAGUUGGAGACCAACCUUGCGGAUGUUCAGAAGGGACCCCUCCCACAAGAGGUUGUGGAUGCGCUCGAUAAGGCUUGGAUCAUUGCGAAGCCAUACUCUCCACCCUACUGGCAUUUGGACCUGGAGUACACUUAUAACACCCAGGAGGCACUUUUCAAGCCCAAGGCUUAA